CGCGUGAUUAGCGAUUUCCGCCUCCGUUGUUCCGAGUUCUAAUUAACCCAACGCGGUGAUUAGAUUAGGGUUAGCAUCUCAUUUGCCCCAAUCGCCCCAUCGAUGGAAACCCGCCCGCUGCUCAAGAACCACCACAGUGGCAUCCCUUACUCCGCUCCGCUUGAUCUUCCCAGUCGGCACCGCUGUCAGCCUCCAUAACGGAUCGCCCUUCCUUCCUUGGGCAAUCGUAUCCGACCACUUUAUCCUCAUAUCGUUGAUCACAGAAUUCGAGCACACUAUUCACACGCUGUCCACAAACAUCUCAUCUCACACUACAAAAAUGUCAUCAGAACCCCUCCAGCCCACCACUCCACCCAGCCAACCCCAACUCGGCGCCGUAAUCGGCCUCUCAGUCCUCGCCACCGCCACCACUGCCGCUCUCGCUGCUAUCUACUUUGGAUGGGUCGCUAACAUCACGGGUGGUCGGAAGAAUGCUGGGGAUGAUGGGAAGUUAUUGAGGGAGUUGUUGGAGGGUGAGGAUGAGGUGGAGGGGAAGAAGGGGAAGAAGAAGAGUGGGAAGAAGGGGAAGAAGGAUGGGGUGGUGGAAGUGAAGGAGGUGAGGGAUGAGGUCGGUGGGGUUGAGCAGAUCGGCAAGAAAAAGAAGAGAAAAGGCGCCAAAGCCGGUCGCAGCACCUCACCCAUCGCUUCCGAAGCCAAAUCCCCAGGCGCCGCCUCUAGCCGCAGCCUUUCCCUCGAAACCGAGCCUGUAGAAGAAGAAGAAGAGAACUUCGCCGACCUCUUGCACCUCACCACCCUGCAAAAGCCCAAAACCACCGCUAAGCUGGGCAAAGACCAAGGUCAGCUCGCCGCGAUUGCUGCUGCGGCUGAGAAGGCGGCUAAAAGGAACAAGAAGGCGAAAUUGGCUGCUGAGCAUGCUGCUGCUGCACAUGCUACUGCAGUGGUGCAGAAAGGGGCUGGUGAUGUUGUGCCGAUUAGUGGGGAUGCUGCGGUUGGUGCCGCGGAUGUGAGUAGGGAUGCUGAGGCUGCUGUGGCUCCGGCUGCGGAUGAGUAUGUUCCGACGGCUGCUCCGGUGGCCGAUGCGCUGGCUGUGGAUAGGGAUGUUGAGAUCUCCGAGGUUCCUGCUCCUACAGCGUCCGUGUCAUCGAAGGCCGUUGAGCCCGCCGUGUUGGAAUCUCGCAUCGCCGCGAAGGAGCAACCCAAGACCUCCGCAAAGCCCACCCUCGCGUCCCAAAAGACUCCCGUCAACGGUGUCCAAACCAACCGCGCACAGAACGACCUCGACGCCCUCUCCACCGACAUCUCCGCCCUCCAAUCCAACACCCACAUCACCCUCACUGAAGUCACCGCUCUCAACGCCCGUCUAACCGACUCUACGCAAACCAUCGCUACCCUCCUCACCGAAAAAGCCGCGUCCCAAACCCAAAUCGACACCCUCACCAACCAGCUGCAACAGUUGCAAGACAAGCUGGAACGCCAGGACGCCGAGGUCGAGAUUGUGCGCACGACCAAUAGGCAUUUGACUGAGGGUGUCAAUAGGCUGCAUUUGGAUGUCAGGGAGGCUGAGGAACGUGCGCAGAGGGCUGUCAAGGCGGCGACGAAGGCGACAGACGCCGAUGCACUGUUGCAUGACGAGAUCGCGGACUUGAGAUCUCAGCUUCAAACCGCUUUCGAGGGCGAGGAACGCGGCAAGCGGGAGGCUGAAACCGCCGUCAGGGACGUUGAGACGAAAUACGAAUCGCAGAUCGCGCGUGACGAGGCUACCAUCUCCCGUCUCGCGCAGGAACUCACCGCCGAGCGUGAGAAGACUGACGGGGCUGUGAAGCGUCUCACGCAGGAGUUCACCACCGAACGCGAGCUCCACGCUGCGGAAGUCGCCGCCUUGCGCGGGCAACUCCACCAUUCUACACAACAAGCGAAUGAGACUGAACAACGGAUCCAGCAUCUGCAUGCGGAACUCACGAACGCGACCGCUGAUCGGGACACGCAGAUUGAGCAUUUGAGGAGUCAGGUGGAGGAGAAGAGUGAGGAGGUUGGGAAGGUGGAGUUUCAGCAUAGGGCUGAGAUUGAGAGUUUGAGGGGGGAGAAUGGAAGGUUGGCGAGCGUUGUUGAGCGAUUGACCGGGGAGGUUGAGGAGGUGAAGGCGUUGAGGGGGCAGCUUGGCCAAUUGGCUGACGAGAAGAAGAGAGUUGAAGAAGAGCUGAAGGAGGCGAGGGAGAAGAUUGCAGUUGCUGUCGGCGAGAAGGAGAAUGCCGAGAAGGCGGCAUCCGAAGCUCGCGACCAACUAGCUCUCGUAACGGCAGAAAAGGAGAAGCUCGAGAAAGAAGGGUCUGAAUUCCGAACGCAACUCACCACCGUCAACGAACAACACCAAGCCCUUCAAACCCAGCUCGACGCAUGCCGCAAAGCGCUGUCGGACGCCAAGACGGAGGCGGAAAAGACAUUCACUGAAACGCGCACGGAGCUCGCGGACCUUACGAGGCGAGUCGAAGAGUUGACCGCCGAGCUAACACAAGCUAAAACAGACCAACAACGCGAGAACGACCUGAUCGGACAACUUUCCGUGGAAUUGCAAAUGUCGCAAGCAAAUCUCAAGACGGUUCAACAACAGCUUGAAGAAGUGAAAGCAGAACGCGAUGCGUUGACCGAGUUGUCGCACGCAAUGAUUGCAGUUAACGUGGAGGAGAUUGAGCGGAAGGCUGCGGAGUUUAAGGGCUUUGAGGCGUCGGCGCGGGAGGAGCAGCAGGAACAGCCGGCGAUUGAGGCGGAGGGGGAGAAGCAUGAGGCGGUCGAGAGCGAGGUGCUGGACUCUGUCGCGGCGGACUCGGACCGUGUCGCGGAUCUGGGCGGGCCUCCCUCCGCUUCUAUCGAAGACAGCGACGCCGGCGCGGAACCCGCAACCUACACGCACACGUUUCACUACCCGCACCCCGGCACCUCCGUCCUCGUAACAGGCACCUUCGACGACUGGUCCAGCAGCGUGCACCUCGACCCCAGCACGCGUUCCGCGACGAUCAGCAUCCCACGGGAGAAGACGGCGGAUGGGAAGGUGGUGUACAAGUUUGUUGUGGAUGGGGUGUGGUGUGUGGAUGCGGAGGCGAGGGUGGAGAGGGAUGAGAUGGGGGUGGAGAAUAAUGUUGUUUAUUUGUAGGAGGGGCGUAUUGGGCGUGAAUUUGGGCCACUUGGGCCCAAAUCACUUGCGUGGGUAUAUAUGUAUGUAUGGUCGGGCGUACGGUUUAUAUGUAUGGGCUGAUGGGUGCCCGCCUCAUAUGGUUGUUUCUGAUUGGUGGUCAUAUACUUGUUGAAGCGUCUCAUGUGUGUGGAGAAUACGAUGCAUCUAAUGUAGUCCACAGCUGGGUUUGUUUUUGCGGCGCGGGGUUCAUUUUGAGACCCCCGAGCGAGUAUAUCUCCCCAUUUUUUCGGCGUGUCAAAC